GGCAAUGUCGCGAUUUUCAUGGCUGCCAAACAUAGUUGUUAUUUUUCAAGAUCUGAUUGUUAAUUUGUCGUUUGGAUUGUUAGUAUUUGCAAAAGCAAUGGAUCAUCUCGAGUGUUAAAUCAACAUGAUAUUGGUAGAUCCAUUGAUCCGUCGUCAUUUAAACUAAAACUGCAAUGGGUAAAUCUCGUAAGAAAAUUGGCUGUGGAUCGUCAACUGCAGCAGGUGUGUCACUUUGAAUCGGGAAAAAUGAUCCCUGGCUAGGUUUCAAAUCUACGCCUUUCCGGAUUUUGUUGGAUAACUAUGUCUGACAUGACCAUGGACUACACUGGUGAUGCAUCACAAGCCGAAGAGGCUAUUCAGAGCCCUGAAACUUGUGUGCCCAAAUCACCAAGUUCACCGCUAUUGCACAGCAAAGUAAAGUCAGAGGAUGGCAGCGACAUUGAAACCAAGCAUAAAGCCCCUGAAGGGGGAAGACUUCAAUUCUACUUUGAUGGAAAAAUAGUUCUGGAGUUGAACGAUCGGCGGGAAAACGGUAAAACGUGGUGGGUUCCUGUGACGCAAAAAACGUAUUGGCCACCUCCUCCACCAUCGUGCUCCACGCCGGGAAGUACUGUGCGUCAGGAGAGCAGUGCAUCUUUUAGUGUUAGUGACGAAUCGUCUGUCCAAUCUCAGUCGUCCCCCUGGCUAAGAGAAACUCGAUGGAAGAACCCAAAUCCCACGAACAAACGGACGACCAGUGAUGUGGUGACCAGUGAUGUGGAGGGAUUUAUGUUUGCCCUUAAAGGUCGUGAACGAUGUCGAUACCAGUGGAGUCAACGACGAAGACCUUUUCGCUCGAUAGAGCAGUGUCAUGUGGGACCCAAUUCCGAGUGUGACCAAUGUAAAGUAGGGUGGAGAAAAAAGAGCUUGGCUCGGCCGAGCGUGUCUGCGAUCACUUCUCGUCUUCUCGAAAAGGCACUUUCGAAGAAAAUGGUGGCCAGUGCGGUGCCAAUAGAGCGAAUCGAGACACUAGUUUCGCCGAGGAAGCGUCUCUUACGUGACAUGGAAAAAGUUCGGCUCCACGAUAAAUCGUCCAGUCCAUCUUCCAGUGUUUUGAAGAAAGCCAAAGCACUUAUGCCAGCCACUCCUUUACCGACGCAUUCGGCUGCCGCAAUGGCCGCAGCUGCGGCGGCUGCAGUGGCUCAUUCUCUCCAGCCAAGCAAAGUCUACGAUCGCCAAAGCAGCUACAGCAUUGAUUCUUUGCUCAACAAGGAGCGACAGGAAGAAGCCGCAGCGGCAUCUUGUAGUUCAUCCUUUCUUCGCUCAUUAUUACGUAAAGCUCCUCCGCUAGCCACGAAUGUCCAGGCUGUCAAUGGAGUGAGAAACAAGAGCUUGGUGUCCCAUCAGCGAAGGGACGGGGCCAUUUCGUUAGCUGGCGGUUCGCGCCCCCUUCAACCACCUGUAUGGUUGCCUUACCCUGUAACAGCAUUUCCUCCUCCAAAUUCUUUGGCUCCGGGAUCGUCGGCAACUCUGGCAGCCCGACCUGGUCCAAGCUCCUCUCGAAGAGAAAGCCUGGGCAACCGAUUACCACGGGUGCCCACGCCGCCUGAUUGUAACGAUGACCAUGACGAUGAUGUCCCGCUCAAUUUGACCAUUAGACGAGCUCGAGAGCACUCCUAACUUAAAAGUUUCCUUUCUCAAUCUUUAUCAAACAGUCGGUUUUUUUUUUUCUCCAGUGGAAAUCUCGUCCGGUCAGCAUGUAAAUAUUUUUGCUCUCUAAAUAAAUCCCAACCCGUUUCAUCGUACUGUUUCUCCUAGAAGAAGAAGAAAAAAUGCUCUUGUUACAUUGACCAGGGAAUCUCGUUUAUACUCUGCCUUCCUCUCUUCAUUUUUUUGAUAACUGUGGUAUAACAAAAUCGGUGUGGUGUCGUGGAAUCUUAUGUCGAUGCGUAGACCAAAAUGAAUUGACCCAGUGACGCUGUGUGGAGACUGAACUGGGGAAGUUACCAAAACAUGAAAGUGCCUCGGCCAUCUCUAUCUAACGUUCAUUCUAGGUACGAUUCAUGAAUGCUGACUUGAUGAUUCCUUCCAUUCGCCCAAAGACUUGUCCAGCAGCCUCUUCAUUUUUCCUCUACUAAUCUCUUAUUUCUCUUUAAUUUUUGUUCAUCUUAAACUUCCUCUCCUGUGCCAUGUUUUAAACAGAAAUGAACAAUGCCACUCGUUUGGCCAAUGUCUUGAUAAGUUGCACCAGUUUCCCCUACUCGCUUUUCGCUGUAACAUAUAAUGCGUGGUCGUGUGUGAUGUGUUAUUUGUCGCCGUUGUUUAUUAUUAAUUUUUUUUUAUUAUUAAUAUUAUGUUUUCAAUAUUGGUGGAAUGUCAUUGUCGUGCUGUACAUUGUGGGGAGAGAAUUUGCCAUGAUUUUCGAUUCAGUUCUUUUUAAAACUAAUGUUUUUUUGUUUUUUUUUUGCAAGUGACAAGAGAUUACAGUCUUCUCGUUGAGGAGGAAAAAAAAAAGAAAUCAGUUCAUACGGAGACGUUCGAUUGGCACUGUAUUUCUCGUCCCAGCACAAUAGACCGACAUCAUUCAUCA